AUGCUGCAGCAGGCAGCCUGUGAGUAUUUGGCCAAUCGUUCCGGUAUCGUACAGCCUGAUUUUAGCUCUGAGGAACGAUUUAUCAUGGGACGACGCUGGCAGCUUCGUGACAAAGCAAGUUUUAUCAACUAUGUGAAGAUUGAGCUGCAGCUUCUAUCGAAGGAGUGGAAAAUUAUCUUGCCAUGUGUCAUUAUGCAGUACGUUCACGCUAUUUUUCACAAUCUAGCGUACUAUAUUCAAGGCAAGUACCUCUCGACCGAGCAGCGCUUUACACUUCACGAUUUGGGCUUCGAGCUCAUGCCUGAGCUUACGGGGUUUGCCGCCGACAUCUCCGAAAUUCUUGUGUUUGCUGCCAUUUUUGGCCCAGCCAUUAUUCUCAUCCUGACAAUCCCCCUCUUUCGGCAGGAACCCGGCCGCCCCCGAUACCUUGUGAUCGUACUUAAACGCAGUUUGAUGCAGUUCAGCAUCUGUCUGUUCUUCCGUAUCAUUUCUUUUCUCGUGACUGCUCUUCCUGGUUCUGCUGAUCACUGUGAGCUCAAGUUUGACGAUUCGUGCUUGGCAUUGAAUCCAGGAGAUCCCGUUUCAUGUGUCGUCCCGAAUCCAGACUUCGACCCACCUAGCACUAGUGAAAUUUUCACGCGCUUAAACGCACUAAAAGGCUGCGGUGAUUUGAUGUUUAGCUCCCACACAAUCUACACUGUGUCACUUAUCUUGACAGUUUGGAAAUUUUGGCCCAACAGAUACGGAAUCACCAUUAUGGUCAGCGUGCAGAUUGCUAUCGCGUUCCUAAUUGUAGCCUCACGCAAGCACUAUACGUUAGACGUGUUUACGGCAUUGUACGUGGUACCACUGAUCUGGCUCACACAGGAAGCGUACUACAAGGACAUCAAUAGCAAGGAUUCAGAAGUCACGGUUAAGUCCAUUUACGACUUUUACCAAGUUGACGUAUCGAGUGACGCUAACGAUGGAGCCUUGCCACUCGACACCUCGGAUAAUAUACCAUUACAAGGCUUCCCGCUCAAUUCGGUGCAGGUAGCUAUGACGGAUGACGAUAGUUUAAAUGGUGAACGAUCACAGACAAGCUUUCAACGCAAGAGCUCUAUGUAA